UGCAGUGCUGAGCUCUGCCGGGUGUGUGAGUGUGAGUGUGAGUGUGAGUGAGAGAGCGUGCGUGCGCGCGCGCUGUUCUCCGGGUUCUCUGUGCUGCUCUCAGUCCGCUCUGCACACUCAGACUUCCGCCUCGGACUGAAGAGCCCUGGGCAGCGCUCUGAUCGAUAAUCUGAGUAUCGGCGCUGUGGGCGGUGAUCGGUUCUGAGGUGAUCGGUACAGACGGAUCAUGUCCACGGAUACUUCACCUGCGUACUCCCCCUUCUUCGGGGCGAUGGGCGCCUCUGCAGCCAUGGUGUUCAGCGCUCUGGGCGCGGCGUACGGCACGGCGAAGAGCGGCACAGGCAUCGCCGCCAUGUCUGUAAUGCGUCCCGAGCUGAUCAUGAAGUCCAUCAUCCCGGUGGUCAUGGCUGGUAUUAUCGCCAUCUAUGGGCUGGUGGUGGCAGUGCUGAUCGCCAACAGCAUCUCACCCACAGUCACUCUGUACAAGAGUUUCCUCCAACUCGGAGCCGGACUCAGCGUGGGUCUGAGCGGAUUAGCGGCUGGUUUCGCGAUCGGGAUUGUGGGCGACGCGGGGGUCCGUGGGACCGCCCAGCAGCCGCGACUCUUCGUCGGGAUGAUCCUCAUCCUGAUCUUCGCCGAGGUUCUGGGGCUUUACGGCCUCAUCGUGGCCCUUAUCCUCUCCACCAAAUAAACUACAGCUCCCAGCAUGCACUGCAGAAUCGGGAAGUGUGGGUGGGGGAGGUGGGGGAGGUGGGGGAGGUGGGUGAGGUUGGGGAACAACAACGGAGAUAAAAUAAGAAAAGAGUGAAGAGAAUCGGGAUAGAAAUCAUCACUGUCAUAAGAAAACCUCGUAUCUCCAAACCGGUAACUUUAAAGGGAAAAAAAAAACAACGGUUUACUUUUUAAACUUCGUAAAGGUUUCCUAAUCAUUGUGUUAACACAUCGUUAGAGGACGGCUGCUGCCUACGAACGAUGUCAGAUGUUUUCUUAGUAGAACAAACCAACUGUCUCAGUGCUGAAUCUGUCAUCGGGAAGUAGUGAGUUCGCUUCCCUGUGAUGCCACAGCCAUCCGUAAUGCUGCGCUCCCGUGUUUGCGGUAGGCGGCGACAGCAAACAAGAUAUUCGGUUGCUUUCAAUGAAGCCGCAACGGAAAAUUAUACCAUCGCCAGCACCUUCACUCAGGAAUUACAUUUUCCCAACUGCUGCCGUCGACCGCAGCGGUGGAAUAAAACGGAUGUUGAUUUGUUUGGGAGCCAUGGACGCCGAACGUCUUAUUGAAUUCCAGACAAACUCAGUAUUAUACAACAAAAAUAAGGGAACAGAGCGCCACCUGCCUUCUCCACCUUAAAUAAACCACUCUGGUACACGGGUACAGCUCUCCUCUGAUAAUCAGCCAUGGUCAUCGAUAACUUGGUCACCAUGGCAACGUCUAUAUGAGUACUAUGAGGUGCAAAAUGACGUGAUUUUAACGCAAAUGUGAACACAGCAUAAACAGGAGUCCGAGAUCAUAGCUGUCCAGCUGUCCAUAGCUCUCUGGCUCGGUAGGGUGGUCCCCCAACCACCCCCCCCCCAUCACUCAGCAGUUUGGGAUGAUGUGGUAGAACUUCACAUGUCUCAGAGGAAGAGGAACAUGCUGGACCUCAUCCUGCCAGCUUGGUAGCAUCAUAUAAAGUAGAAACGGGUGGAACUGGACACGAAUUAAUUGUGGAGGAGAAAAAUUGGGUUAAACAUGGAUGGAAAAUCAUCCCCGUCAUACGAAAAUAUCACAUCUAGUAAAGAAAAAAAGGAUUUAUUACAUAAGAAAUGUUCUAUUUUUAUGAAACGUCACCAUAAAUUGCGAAAAUAAAAAGUUUCUUUUGGUUUGUUUGUUAUGAAACGUUAACAAAGGCAGUUAAAUUCCUGGCGCUGCCCCAGCCAUCCGUAAGUUGGAGUCCAGUAGGUCAUAGCUUUCUCUCCCCUCAGCACAGUGCUAGUCAGUGUGGCUGACUGUAAGUUGGCGUGACAGAAUUAACCUCCCAUAAAAAUAAAACUAUACAUUUCUAUUUUUUCUAUGUUAUUAAGUGAAAACACAUCGUUGAAAAAGGGGCAGCUGUUUUCACACAUUGGGGGGGGGAAAACGGAUAAAAAAAACUGAAUAAACGUGUUUACGAAGUUUUCUAGCGACAGUGAUGAUGAAUAUAAGAGAACGAGCUUGUGUGUCAGUUUCAUCUCCGACUUCCUGAAAGAAAAAAAACUAAGCGCAGUGUAUUGAGCCUGUCUGCCCUCGUCUUUCUCUCUGCUCCAUCACUCCAUCGGUUUGCCCAUCGCUUCUCUCUCUCGCUCUCUUUUCUCUCUCUCUCUCUCUGCCUCUCUUCUCUCUCUGCCUCUCUCUCUCGCUCUCUCUCUCUCCUUCAUCUCUCUCCCUCUCUUUUCUCUCUGUCUGUCUCUCUCUCUCUCCCUCUCUCUCUCUCUCUGUGCCUGGCUGAUGUCUCUCGCCCCGUCAUGCUGAUUUUGGGAAUUGUUUUGUAAUGAACUUUCACACUGAGGUGUUUAUAAAUGGAAGUAUCUGUAUCUCCGAGAUCGUGAAUGGAAUAACUUUUGUUAAUUGUUUUUUUUGUUUGUUUAUUGUUUUGUUGUUGUUUAUUGUUUUUGUUUUCCAUUGAUUUUAUUUAUAAUAUAAUUUGAAAUUGUUGAUGAAAUGCAUACGUGGAGCUUUUUCGAAUCCCCUCUGAUAAAUAAUAUAUAAGUAUAUAAAUCUACAGAUAAAGUACUGAGGUCUGUUGAGGUUAAUGUGUCCAGUCUGCUGGGGGGUGUUAACGGCAUGGCGCCCCCUGCUGGUACCUGUGUGUAAACCGCUCGUUGGAAACGGCCUGGCUUGGUGUGUGUGUGUGUGUGUAUCUGUGUGUUCAUGUACGUGAUGUUUGAUUGCAUUAAAGCCGUGUGCGCCUCUCCCGGCUCACGUGCCUCAAAUUUCCA